UCAUGAGAUAAACAGUUUCCGUUUUAGUCUGCAGCACAGGACGAACAGCAGUUCUGGUGAAGUCUCUUAAAAAUGGCUCUCUGUGUUUGUCUCUUUUUAGCGGCUUUAUUUUCCGUCACAUCGACACAGUUUAUACCACCGUAUACUGAAGACUGUCGGGCAGAAAUGUAUCCACCAAAUGGCCCCACGUUCAGAGGAGCUGUCAGCUGGUACACAGUGGACCUCGACUUACCGCCCAGCAAGAGAUGGACAGCUCUGAUAACGGACAAAAAAACAGAUCUGGUCAACAUGAUUCAGGCCAUCAAAGACUUGGCUGAUGCUUUUGUUCCCAGUGGGAGGCUGAUAGAGCUGGUCGACAUUACGCUGCCUCUGAUGGCGGACACACUUCCAAACCCUUUUAGUGAUGAAAUCAAAGGAAUUGCAACGGCUUCAGGGAUUCCUCUUGGUGAAGUCGUCUUGUUCAACAUCUUCUAUGAGGUGUUCACUGUGUGCACAUCCAUUGUUGCAGAAGACGAUAAGGGUAACCUCAUUCAUGGUAGAAAUCUGGAUUUUGGAUUAUUCAUGGGCUGGGAUGUGAAAAACAAGUCAUGGAUCAUUAGUGAGAAGCUGAAGCCCCUAGUGGUCAACCUCGACUUCAAGAGGAAUAACCAGACCGUCUUCAAGUCUACAAACUUCGCUGGAUAUGUCGGCAUGCUGACUGGCAUCAAGCCUCACAUAUUCACUCUGACUAUGAAUGAGCGCUUCAGCCUCGAUGGCGGAUACAUCGGCAUCCUGGAGUGGAUCUUGGGGGAAAGAGAUGGGAUGUGGAUGAGCUUUCUCACUCGCUCCGUCCUUGAAAAUGCAAACAGCUACGAGGAAGCCAAAGCUCUCCUGGCUCAGACCAAGCUGCUCGCUCCGGCCUACUUCAUCCUUGGAGGAAACCGUACAGGCCAGGGCUGCAUCAUCACCAGGUCCAGACUGCUCAGUAUCGAUCUCUUGGAGAUCGACCUGAAGCUGGGCCGGUGGUACGUCCUGGAGACAAACUACGAUCACUGGAAGGAGCCUUUGUUUCUGGAUGAUCGUAGAACUCCUGGCAUGAAGUGUAUGAACCAGACCACACAGAAAAACAUCACACUCAAGACCAUGUAUGAUGUGCUCUCAACCAAACCAGUGCUAAACAAGUUGACUACAUACACAACACUGAUGCAAGUGUCUGAGGGAAAACUGGAGUCGUAUAUCCGCGACUGCCCAAACCCCUGCAUGCCCUGGUAACGGUCCAACCGCUGCACCCAUAUCAGUUUGUAAAUGCAUGUCUGUGUGGAGGAACUGUGCUGGAGACGAGCUCAGCUGAUCUUUGGAUAAAACUACAGGUUGUUCCGUUUUGAGUGUUUGCACAAAUCACCAAAGUUUGUCUCAACAGCGAUGUCGUUUAGCUUUAUUUUCCAGGAAUACUUAAAGCUUUGAUUAAAAUACUAAAUCCUACUUUUUCUGAGGGAAAUUGAUACAAAAGUGAAUUAAACUUGUAAGUGUUUUCCUUGUUUUUACUGUAAUUAUGUAUGUAUUAUGUGCAAGAUUAGUCUAUCAGUGGAGCACAGCACAGGCCUAGGGACCCCUGAGAUGAAUGCUCAUGUAUAAUUCAAUUAAUGCUUAAUGUUGUUCCAUUUUAUAUGAAGUGUCUCACAUCCAGUUCACACUCACCAUUUUGUGCCUCCAGACUGUGGCCCCGCUUUAGUUUUUGCUAAUUGAGCUGUUAACAGCAAGUUAGGUCACACCGCAACUGACCAUUUAAUGCACUGAGACUGUUAAAUGUACCUCACAGCUGACCACUUGCAUUUUAUUUUUAAAGAUGGUAAAUAAAAUGAUUCCCAAAUCUGAGGUUUAA